AUGAGAUCUCAACCACUACCUUCACCUACUCGACUAGCCAUCCUGCUCGUCUCACUAGCUACAAUCGUCUUCACCCAACAAUGCUACUACCCCGAUGGUAUCACAUCACAAGCAAACGACGUACCUUGCAACGCAUCUGCUGCAGUAUCACCAUGCUGUAACAAGCAAGACAUGUGCCUAGACAACGGCCUUUGCUUACACGGAGGAGGGAUCAGCCGUGGCAGCUGCACAGAACAGAGUUGGGGACAAGAUUGUCCUCAAUGGUGCAAGGAAGUCAACAAUGCCUCUGGAAUCGCUCUCCUCCCAUGCAGCCCUUUUGGUAACGUCUUCUCAUGCCAAUGGGGCUCUUGCGACACGUCAUUCCCCGUCAAAGGAACGUCUGCCGCCAUCCUUAGGGACGCGCAGGUCAAGCCGCUGGGAUCAACAGCGGCGAUAGCGCUCUCUGCCACGGACAUUCUGUCAGCGGCCAGUGCGACAGGUACUGCUUCGAACAGCACAUCAUCACAGUCGACCGCUACCAGGAAUCCGAACGUAAAGUAUACAUCGGGCGAUAUGGCCGCGGUUGGAGCUGGAAUUGGUGUACCAUUACUAACAGCCUUGCUUGGGGCGAUAUUCCUACUUCCCAAGAAGCCGAGAUUGCAUAAGGAAGAGUCUCAGCCACUGGCGCCGGAGAGUCACUUGGGUGUGCAGCAAACAUACCCGUCUGGGCAGUAUGAUCACAAUAAUUCGUAUACCAGCUAUGGAUCGCGCCACGUUGGAGAGCUGGAUGUUGGUCGAGAGGCUCAGGAGCUAAGCUCGCAUCAGGCCAGUGAGCUGUAUGUGUCAACAAGAUAG